AUGUCAUAUAGGCCCGAGUCGGACAUACAAUUGCUUCGAUUUGAAUUAUCCGAAAGAUGCCUUAUAUAUUAUAUCAAUCAAUAUAGAUUAUACAAAAAAAUAGACAAUCAAACCCAUUUCUCGAUUCAAUAG